AUGGCCCCAGGCAUGAAGAUAUUUUAUUUUAUCUUUGCUUUUUUCUUCAUUUUGAAUCAACUUCCAUCAGGUUGCAAGGCAGGAUUUGAUUAUUCCCAGCCAUUACCAGGAGGUGAGUCAGCUGUCUGUGAGCCAUGCAAACUCGGUCGGGGCAAAUGCAGGAGGAUAUGCUUGGAGAAUGAGAAGACUGUUGGAAAUUGCAAGGGCAACUUUUACUGUUGCCGACGGAAGGUCAUAUAA